UGCCGCCUGGUCACCCCGAGCCUUGCGCUGCUGCCCUUCCCCACUUUGCCCGCUCCUACAUCUGAAUGGGAAGUUGGGGAACAUGGACGGGGUCGUGCUGGCGUGGAUCGCUGUCUUCUGGCUAACAGCCAUGGCUGACGGCCUUCAAGUCACAGUGCCUGACAAGAAGAAGGUGGCCAUGCUCUUCCAGCCCACCGUGCUUCGCUGCCACUUCUCCACGUCUUCCCAUCAGCCUGCCGUCGUGCAGUGGAAGUUCAAGUCCUACUGCCAGGAUCGCAUGGGGGAAUCCCUGGGCAUGUCCUCUCCCCGGGCCCAGUCUCUCAGCAAAAGAAACCUGGAGUGGGACCCCUACUUGGAUUGUUUAGACAGCAGGAGGACUGUUCGAGUGGUAGCUUCCAAACAGGGCUCGACCGUCACCCUGGGAGACUUCUACAGGGGCAGAGAGAUCACGAUUGUGCAUGAUGCCGAUCUUCAAAUUGGAAAACUCAUGUGGGGAGACAGCGGACUCUAUUACUGUAUUAUCACUACCCCUGAUGACCUGGAGGGCAAAAACGAGGACUCGACAGAAUUGCUGGUGUUGGGCAGGACAGGGCUGCUUGCUGAUCUCUUGCCCAGUUUUGCUGUGGAGAUUAUGCCAGAGUGGGUGUUUGUUGGCCUGGUGAUCCUGGGAAUCUUCCUCUUCUUCGUCCUGGUGGGGAUCUGCUGGUGCCAGUGCUGCCCUCACAGCUGCUGUUGCUACAUCCGCUGCCCGUGUUGUCCAGAUUCCUGCUGCUGCCCGCAGGCCUUGUAUGAAGCAGGGAAAGCAGCAAAGGCCGGGUACCCUCCCUCUGUCUCCGGUGUCCCCGGCCCUUACUCCAUCCCCUCUGUCCCCUUGGGAGGAGCCCCCUCAUCUGGCAUGCUGAUGGACAAGCCGCAUCCACCUCCCCUGGCACCAAGUGACUCCACUGGAGGAAGCCACAGUGUUCGCAAAGGCUACCGGAUCCAGGCGGACAAAGAGAGAGACUCCAUGAAGGUCCUGUACUACGUCGAGAAGGAGCUGGCUCAGUUUGAUCCGGCCAGAAGGAUGAGAGGCAGAUAUAACAACACCAUCUCGGAACUCAGCUCCCUGCACGAGGAGGACAGUAAUUUCCGCCAGGCGUACCACCAGAUGAGAAGCAAGCAGUUCCCUGUGUCGGGGGAUUUGGAGAGCAAUCCUGACUACUGGUCAGGUGUCAUGGGAGGCAGCAGUGGGGCAAGCCGGGGACCCUCAGCCAUGGAGUAUAACAAAGAGGAUCGGGAGAGCUUCAGGCACAGCCAGCAGCGCUCCAAGUCCGAGAUGCUGUCCCGGAAGAACUUCGCCGCCGGCGUGCCGGCCGUCUCCAUGGACGAGCUGGCCGCCUUCGCCGACUCGUACGGCGCGCGCUCCCGCCGGGCCGACGGCGACAGCCACGAGGCGCGGGGCGGCGGCCGCUUCGAGCGCUCGGAGACGCACGCCCUCGGGGGCUUCUACCAGGACGACUCGCCCGACGAGUACUACGGGCCGCGGAGCCGCAGCCGGGAGCCCCUGGGCGACGCGGGCCGCGCCUGGGCCCCCGGCACCCCGCGCCGGCGGCCCGACGACGCGCCCCUGCCGCGCCUGGUGAGCCGGACGCCGGGCACCGCGCCCAAGUACGAGCACGCGCCCCGCGCCGGCGGCCUGGAGCGCCAGGCGCGGCCCGAGGGCGCCAGCCGCGGCGGCAGCCUCGAGACGCCGUCGCGGCUGAGCGCGCAGCUCGGCCGUCGCAGCGCCUCCUACUACGCCUGGUCGCCGCCCGGCACCUACAAGGCGGCCUCGCCGCAGGGCGACGACGACGACUCGGCCGACGACGACGACGACGACGCGCUGCCGCCCUACAGCGAGCGCGAGCUGAGCCGAGGCCCGUCCUACCGCGGCCGCGACCUGCCCUACCACGGCAACUCGGAGAAGAAGCGGAAGAAGGAGCCCACCAAGAAAACUAGUGACUUUCCAACCAGGAUGUCCCUUGUGGUCUGAUGUUUGUUUUCAAGCUGUCUCUCUGGGUGACUAGAAAUCAGAAGCGGACUAUGGAGACAAGACACAAAUCCAAGAGCCAGCAGGCCCGGGACCUUCUCUGGACACCACCUUGGAAGAUUUGACCUUUGCUUUGGCAAGGGAUUGGGGGGGAGCGUCCUUUAAGGGGGGGGGGGCUGAUUCCAAACUUCAGCGUACAUCUAACUGGUGUGAGAAACAAGACGACUACGUUGUGAGAACAUUCCACGCACGGAGUGUCUCAUCCACUGAGUUCAUCCUGCCUGAUGUCUUUCCUUAGCCAAACCGGGAUUCCUUUUCCAAUUCUUAAAGGGAGUUAGCUCUGGACCGCCGAUCCCUGGAAAACGCCUCCGCCUACGGUAUGCUCUUCUAUACUUCCUGUGCUGUGCUUAGAGACAGAAGAACUUAUUACUACCAUUAGAAGAAGGCCUGAUACUGACAACAGAAGAUAGCUUUAGGCAAAGUAUACCUUUUACCCCCGUCUCCCAGUCACUAGUCAGUGACUAUUGUUACGCUAAAAUCAGAGGGCCUUUGGUGAGCUCAGUGACAGUGACCUGCUGGACGAUCACAGAAAUGACUUCAACUUGCCCUUCCGAAUGACAUGCCUUGAGUGGCUGCGACAAAACAAAAGAGUAUACGUUUUUGAAAAGCUGUGCAAGUGGUGUUUCUUUUUCCACUCCGAGAACAUAAACUGCUUUUUCUCCUUCUGCCGUGCACAGUGACAUCUGAGUCUCGGACAUUAAGGGCUCUCCUCACCCUCCUUCUCCCGGACUUUUCACAUGGCGGUGCCACCCACAGAGCCCCACCUCCCUCUGCACCCUGAUUCACUUGUCAUCAGGUGCCUUUUGAUAAACGCUUAAAAUACACACAUGAAAGAGAAGGGGAAGGGGAAGAAAAAGGACAAAGCAGUAAGUAGAGAAGAAUGAAAAAGAAUUUAAGAGGAAAAGAAUAUACGAUCUCAUUAUGUUUUGGAUGUGGGCCAUGUCCCCUACAGAUUCCACGUGAUCUUCUCUGGUUUUGUACUUCAUUUACCGUGAGUUGUUUCUGCCAUCCCAGCCCUGCCCUUCCAGGACACCGGAGAUGGUGGAGUGUGCAACUCUUCGCCUCAUCAGAUUGCUGCUCGAGAUGCUUUGGGAAACAAGUGAUCCGGCUCUCUCAGGAAGCAACACUUCCUAUUCCCACCCUUGCCUAAAUGACAGAUUUUGCCUAAAUCCCAAAGCUAGAUAUCUCUGGAUGUUGUAAUUUGUGUAGAUUGCAAAAAAACAAAACAAAACAAAACAAAACAAAACAAAAAAAAAAACCGGCCAUAAAUUCUUCCCUUCUCAUCAAGAGGUGCGGCCUGUUUCUCUACCCCUUACGUCUGGGAUUGGCCAUGUGAUUUGAUUUGGUCGGUGGCCCAAAACAAAUGUAACACAAGCAGAGACUUGGAAAAAUUUUUGUGCAUGGGGCCUGUUUUCUCCUGCUGCUCUUGGAAACCCUGCAGUUGCCACUAGGUGCACAAGCCUGGGCUGUCCUGUCGCAUGAUGAGAAAAAAAGGCCCGGUCCCCCUGCCACCCUGACAGCCCAUCAAGUCUCAGCUGAUCGCAAACACCGGCGUGAGCCAGCCGCGACCAACAGAAGAACUGCCUCGCUGAGCCCAGCCCAAGUUGCUGAUUCCUGCUCAAGGCUGAGAAGUUGGUGCACCUGUUACAUGUUCCUUUCUCUUCGAGGAAAAGCUAUUUCUUCUUGUCUGGGUGUUCUUCAUCCCUGACUCCAUCUAACCUAGGUGUCUCACAGUCUCCACUUUCUUUGGCAAACGUUUGUCAAAGCUUUUCACCCCACACCAUUGUGGUGGGACACAGGGUUGGGUCAGAUCCCCGGAGGACAAUGAUACCUGGCCUCCCAGCAGUGGUAAAUUUUUUUAUCUUUGAAUCCCCGGGAAACCUACGAAGAUUUCUUCUUCAGCAACUCCUUGGUCUUCUCCAGAGCCACCUGAUUGGAGCUGGGCCCUAUUCUCAGAGUACCAUUCCACUGGUAUCCACUUACUUCGUGACGUGUCCAAAACAGUCCUGCGUGUGCAGUGAAAUAAAGAAGUGGCUGGUGGUGAGGGUCAGAGGAUGAGUUGAUAUCACUGCUUGGAGGAGAACUGGCCCACCAGGCGACUUUGCAGUGGCUUCGGCCUGUCUGAGAGGAACCAGGGACGGUUCAGCCCAGCGCUGGCACUUCCAAGGGUGGGGGACACAAGCCAUAACCCUGGUGCUGAGUUUUAGACUUGCUGGUGUGUCCCUGGCCUCUAAGAGCCUAGGUCUAGUCUGUUUGUUUUGGCCCCAGUUCAGACCGAGAAGAUGAUUAAACAUCAUCAUUUCUUAGUCACCAGCUUUGGAUUUCAACUUGCUCAGGCAAUUCUAGAGAAUAUUGGGUAGCUGUAGUAGCUAUUAUCUCUUUAUACUGAGCACUGUGUCAGGCUUCUCUCCACCAAAGAGCCCCAUAGCACCAGCUGCAGAGACCAAACAUAUUGCUUUUGUUAGCCGAGGGCAUGUAUGAUUUUGGUGAAGGUUAGGGGAGUCGUGGAAAAGAAUUAUUAAAAUUGGAAACCUGCAGUUCCAAAGACAACAAAACUACAGACAACACAAGAAAAAACACAAAGGUGACAGGCUACUGAAAUAACCUGGGGAGAUAGGACCAGGUUGUCCCCUGUAGGGCUGCAUAAAUCACUGAAAUUUCCAGGCCUUCGGCCAGGAGAGAACACCUGCUUCUGGGUAUGGGGACGCAGACAGGGUUGACUGCACAAGUGAAGGUAAAGCUGGCCAUCCUUGGCACCCCGGCUUUUCUCAGUGGGUCCUUUUGUUUCUUCCCUGAGUAGUGUUUCCCACAUAGGACGGACUUAACACAUAUUAGCUUCCUUCCUAGGUUCCAUUGGGUACAAAAUAAGUCUUGUGGAAGACAUGGUCUCUGUCCACUGGGACCCUGCAAUUGAACAGGCGAAAUAAGACAUGCCCAAGAAAGAAUUAGGAGAUUUUAUGCAUAUAAUGUGAAAUAUUGCUAUGGAUAAAUUAUAACAAACCCAGAGAAUUAAAGUUUUUAAAUUUAAA